GAAGGCUUGAAACUUUCAGAAGCGCCAUUGCUUUGCCAUUCCUUUGCCCAUGGAGCCUUCUGUGGGUUUUGUGCCGGGACAAAGGGGUCCGGAACGCUUCUUCUAUGACAAGACCACCUACACAGGUGUUCACACCUGUGGUGGGCCAAGCACUGUUUGCAAAGAUAGCUUUCUGGCUUCGUUGCGGAAUGGUCUCCAGAUGUCCUUGUUUGUGAGAAACCCAGGACUGCAGCCGCGGCCUCUCAACUUGCAGUUUGGAGGCAGGAGCAGCGGGCCAGAGCGCUUCUUCUACGACCGGAGCUCAUACACAGGUGUCCAUCUUUGUGGCGGACCGAGUGUCAAUGACAAGGAGAAUGAUCCUGACGGCAACUUUUGCCGAAGCCUGCGACCAAAGAGAUGCCACUCUCAGCCCAACAUGAGGAGCGAGUUCUUGCCAUAAAUUUGGGUCCUUUCUCUAUGAUGCUUCAACCGCUUCAACCUGUCUUCAGCGACGACGGUCGUCCUCACCUAUCACAGGCCUGGUCAAAUCCACAGAUCCCGGCCAGCAGAUUCCAACGUCAGGUCAUUGGGCCAGAUGAGACUGGCCCUUUUGAACUCACGUUUGCAAAGAGAUCGCUUCGGAGAUCAUUUGCCGGAAGAAAUUGUUUGAUUCCUGCUUCAAUCAGUUCACUGAUGAAAGCUUUUGCCCAGCAGCCAAUGCAGAGUGUCUAAGGACAUAUCUUAUUUACAAUGUUAUUGUGCUGCACUCUCUGUUACCAGCUUUGAAAGCUUGCAGCAGCAAGAGGCAAUGCAGCGAGAAGCUGCUUCCCAGCUUGACAGGAUUUGCAACAAAACACAAGGAAUCAUGACUGGAUCAGUAUGUUCAAUGAGGAUUUCUUCAGGCCGUC